AUUAGCAUAAUGUGAAUUGAAUUGAGAUAGAGAGAGAAAGGCCAACUGUUGCAGGCGGCAGCUGUUGUUGGAUUGUUUCACAUUUGUUGCUGAAUUUUGAGCCCGAUUACACACAAUUUAUUUUGCAAAUAAAAUGUCUUCGGGUAAUUCAUUGAAAAAUGCUGAAAAUAUUUUAUCACAACAACCAUCGUCUAAUCAACAACAACAACAACAACAAUUUCAAAGUCAUGAUAUCGGUAUUCGUAUUCAGAAAAAAUUAUUGGGCCGUAUGAUGUCGAACAAAACAAUGGCCAAAACAUUGAUCGAUUCAGAUUCGGCACGAUUAAUGGAUAAUUUACAUAAACUUUGUAAAUUAUAUUGUCGACAAGAAAAUCUAUCAGCUUCCAAAGAAACGGCUGACAAAGUUGUAAAAUAUUUAAUGAAGAUAACAAUAAAAGUUGCCAUUUUGAUAAUGAAUCAUCAAUUGGAUAAUGAUGAAAUGUUUCGUAUGACAAAAAUUCAACGCUCAAUUCGAUCGAUCCUUAUGACAAUCGUAUCAUUUCAUGAAGUAGAUUUUAGUUAUGAUUGUCAAUAUCUACAAAAACAGAUGCAAACAUGUUGCACUGAACUUAAACAAUUGAUACGAUCACAUUUAAGCGAUAAAUCUCAACGACGAAUUGAUUUUGUAUUCGAUUUUCUUGGUUGUUCAGAAUUUCUUGAUCGUUUUUUUACUACAACCGAUCCAAAUGAUGGAACAUGGUUCGAAUUAAAAUCAUCUAUUGUUAAAGAUAUAAAUCAUUUGUUGGAAAGAAAAAACUGGUGAUUGAUGAGAAAAAAAAACAUUGUACAUAUAUGGGUAAAUUAUUAUAUCGGUAU